UUCAUAUGCCACACUCUUCUCCUGCUCAAGUUCUUACAACCAGAUGGCUACUAGUGUCUUCAUCUUGCUCUUUUCAUCAUCUCUUUUACUUUCCCUUGCUUGUGCUUGUGAUAGAUGUGUUCACCAAUCCAAUGCUUCUUAUUCCACUUCCUUCUUAGCUAUUGCAGCUGGAACUUGUGGGUAUGGUGCUAUAGCUAUGGAUUUUAAUGGAGGGUAUGUUGCUGCUGCAAGGCCAGCUCUCUACAGAGAAGGUCUUGGUUGUGGGGGUUGCUUUCAGAUAAGGUGUAAGGACUCCAAGUUAUGCACCACUGGAGGUGUUAAAGUAGUCCUGACAGACCUCAACAAGAACAGUCAAACUGAUUUUAUUCUGAGCAGAAAGGCUUUCAUGGCUUUGGGGAGACCUGGAAUGGCUCUGAAACUCAUGAGACUGGGCACUGUAGACAUUGAAUACAAAAGGAUUCCAUGUGAGUACAAGAAACAUAACUUGACAGUGAGAGUGGAGGAGACCAGCCAGAAACCAAGCAAUCUGGCAAUCAAUUUCCUCUACCAAGGUGGUCAGACUGACAUUGUGCUUGUGGAUGUAGCUAAGGUAGGAAGUUCAGACUGGAAGUACAUGACUAGGAGUGGCCAUAGUGCAGUGUGGAAUACCAGCAAUGCUCCGGCCGGAGAAGGGCUUCAGUUUCGAUUGGUAGUGACCGGAGGCUAUGACGGAAAAUGGGUCUGGACCGAGAAGGAGGUUCUUCCUGCUGACUGGAAGAUUGGAUCAAUGUAUGAUUCUGGUGUGCAGAUAACUGACAUUGCUCAAGAAGGAUGUUCACCCUGUGACACUGGUGACUGGAAGAGAAUUAAUUAGUUAAAGAGAUAAAAAUUUAGUCUUUGUCUACACUUGAACAGUGACAGUUUGAUACUCUUUGUUUACUUAUGUACAAACAGGUUCAUUGAUAGUAUGUAAGAAGAUGGCAUA